AACACACACCAACUGUACCGCCAAGUGUUCAGCAAGCUUCCUCACCCCCAAUUCUAGAAAUCUCUACCUGCCCCAUUAAAUUUCCCAAGCGAAUUUUCCUUUUCUAUACCAUUAGCAUGUUCCCGUUUAUUCCAAUUUUGGAGUCGGAGAAAAGAUGACAUGGAGCUUGCUAUAAAAUAUCAAUUUGAUAAGGGAGAGCAAGUACGGGCAGGUUCUCCUUUAAUUUUAAAAAAACAUGUACCGUAAUAUCAAAAUGCUAGCUAGCUUUAGUUAGUACUGCCAUGUUGCCAACCAAUAUAUCAUAAUACCAAUAUGGAUAUAUAAAUACCCCUUCCAAGUCUUCCAUAUCUUCCAUGCAUAUUCAAUUUCAAGUUUCCUCAUCAGCUCAAGUUUUUCCUUUUUUCUGUAACUGCAAGUUUUAUUACAGACUAAUUAUAUUUCAUAUAAAAUAGUUUUCCUAAGAUUAAGAAACAUGAAGGCAGAUGCUGGUGGUGUUGAGCUUGGUGAGAACCCCAAAAGUUCAACCCCAAGAAGUGGGUUGAAUAGAGGGUUGUCUAUACUUGACUUCAUAUUGAGGCUGAUUGCAAUUUUUGGUACCCUUGCCAGUGCAAUUUCCAUGGGCACAACCAAUGAAACGCUUCCUUUCUUUACACGGUUCGUUCGGUUCAGGGCCAAGUAUGAUGAUCUUCCAACGUUUACGUUCUUCGUUGUUGCCAAUUCCAUUGUUAGCGCUUAUGUGGUUCUUUCUCUACCUCUAUCUAUCUUCCACAUCGUAAGAAGCACUGCGAAAAACAGCAGAAUUAUUUUGAUCAUCUUUGACACGGGAAUGCUGGCUCUUUUAACAGCAGGAGCUUCUGCAGCAGCAGCUAUUGUAUACUUAGCACACAAUGGGAAUACUAAGACGAAUUGGUUUGCCAUCUGCCAACAAUUCAACUCCUUCUGCGAGCGCACCUCUGGAUCUUUGAUUGGAUCCUUUGUGGGAAUUGUUGUGCUUGUGCUUGUAAUCUUCUUGUCAUCUGUGGCGAUUUCUCGACCCUGAAUGUCUUAGUUUCAACAGUGGAAAAGGAAUUAGUGUAUUCACUGGCUUCUAUGCUUUUGUUUGCGAGUGACUGUGUGGAUGACAAAGUGUCCUAGAAGAUCUUGUUUGAAUAUUUCUUGUUCUUCUUGUUAAUGAUAUGUGUUUGUUGUCUUCAUAUUUACUUUCUCAAUCCAUGUAUUGUAAUUCAUUUUGAAUUUCACUUUUAUUUUCACCUAAUUAAUUCGUGGAGGUGAGUGCUGAAUCCUGCGCUGUGCAUUUAAUAAAAGAAAUUAAUAAAAAUUAGGAUAUACUAAUUAACGCCUUUAAAAAAACAAAGAAAAUAAAUAAAUAUAUAAGAUGAAAGGAGAAGCAUCUUGUGUUGAGUGCCUAGCAU